CUUUUUCCUGUAGAUGCAAAUCAGCCUUCUCUUUUCUUCUUGUCCUCAGGAAGCCCACUGACUGUGGCCUGCAAAGCUUUCUUUGGAUUCAGUGGAGAAUCGGGGCCCAUGAUCUACUGGAUGAAAGGGGAAAAAUUCAUAGAAGAGUUAGAAGGUCACAUUAGAGAAGGUGAAGUCAGACUCCUCAGAGAACAUCUUGGAGAAAAAGAAGUUGAAUUGACAUUGAUCUUUGAUGCUGUAGAGGAGGCAGACCUGGCUAACUACACCUGUCAUGUGGAAAACAGAAACGGACGGAAACAUGCCAGUGUUCUUCUGCGCAAGAAAGAUUUGAUCUACAAAAUAGAGCUUGCUGGAGGACUGGGAGCCAUCCUUCUUCUGCUUAUUUUGCUCGUGACCAUCUAUAAGUGCUACAACAUAGAGUUAAUGCUGUUCUACAGACAGAACUUUGGAGGAGACGAAGCAGCUGACGACAACAAGGAAUAUGAUGCGUAUCUUUCAUACACCAAAGUGGAUCCUGAUGCGUUAGAUUGUGAUAAUAAUGAAGAGGAGCAGUUUGCACUUGAAAUUCUGCCAGAUGUUCUAGAAAAGCACUAUGGAUAUAAGCUCUUCAUUCCGGAUAGGGACCUGAUCCCUAGUGGAACCUACAUUGAAGAUCUCACAAGAUGUGUUGAACAAAGCAGAAGACUCAUUAUCGUGUUAACUCCAGACUAUGUUCUCAGGAGAGGAUGGAGUAUUUUUGAGAUGGAAAACAGACUCCAUAACAUGCUAGUCAGUGGAGAAAUCAAAGUUAUUUUGAUUGAGUGUACUGAAUUAAAAGGGAAAGUGAAUUGUCACGAAGUGGAAUCUUUAAAGCACACCAUCAAACUUCUCUCAGUGGUCAAGUGGAAAGGACCAAAAAGCAGCAAACUGAAUUCUAAGUUUUGGAAGCGCCUAGUCUUUGAAAUGCCAGGGAAGAAAAAGGAGGUGGUGUCUCGGCAUCAGGUCCUGGAUUCUGCAGAGCAGGGCCUUUUUGGAGACCUCCAGACUGUACCGUCUCUUGCCGUCACAGGCACUUCUGCCACGUUGGUAGAAUCGCGGGCUGAUUUAACUGAUUACCACCAAGCAGACUCUGUGCAAAUGAGGCAUUAUUGCAGAGGAUAUGAAUAUGAUGUGUCAGCAGCAACAUUGCCAAUAGCUUCCAUAAGCAACCAUCACACGUACUGUAACAUACCUUUGACACUGCUAAACGGACAGCUACCUCUUAACAAUACCGUGAAGGAUUCCCAGGAGUUUCACAGGAACAACCCAUUGCUACCUUUAUCGGCAAAGGAGCUUAGCUUCACCAGUGAUAUUUGGUAG